CGACCGUUGAUUGACUGAAGGAGGUCCAGUAACACCAGGGGGUGACCGGUCCUUCUCCCGCAGAGCCCACUAUUGGUUUGUCGUGUCACUCUUUCGCUUACAGUCAGGGCAGACCCGUUCGUUGUGUUUGGGAGGUCUUCUGACGAAGGCGCAAUCUGAGCUGCCGAGGAAGGUGCUUGUUUCUGGAUCGGAAUCGCUCUCUUAAUUCUUUUUUGUUUCUCGUCUUCUUUAAUAAUUGUUUCCUCGUCAUCACAACCUUGCCCACACAACACUCCCUCACCUUUUUUCCUCUCCCCAGAUUCUCUUCGCCGUCUCUCAUUUACUCUUUUUGGUGGCUUUGUUUACCUACCUUACAUUGGGCCUUGGACAGACAGGAUACUGCGCGCCCUUUCGCAAACCGUCGCCAACAGUUCCCCCCUUUUUUUUGACCAUUUUUUCUUGGUGAAUAAAAAGACUACUUGAAUUACGGCUUUCUCUUAAUUUUUGGUGACAACCAAUUGGAUUGUUUGUCCAGAAAAUCGCAAUGCUUGUCAAGUCUAGCCUCCUCGCCCUUGGGGCAGCGUCCAUUGCUGCUGCCGUGAAGCCUGUCUCCUUCAAAGACAACCACUUUGUGCACCCGGACAAUGGCAACCGCUUCCAGAUCGUCGGUGUCGCAUACCAGCCUGGUGGUUCUGCUGGUUACAAGCCCGAAUCUGGAAUUGACCCUCUAAGCAACGCCGAUGUCUGCUUGCGUGAUGCCGCCCUCAUCCAAAGUCUGGGCGCCAACGCCAUCCGAGUUUACAACCUGAACCCCAACCUGAAUCACGACGAAUGCGCAAGUAUCUUCAACGCUGCUGGCAUUUAUAUGAUUCUCGACGUCAAUUCUCCCCUUGUCGGCGAAUCCAUCACGAGCCACAACCCUUGGGAGUCAUACUACGGCUCAUACGUCAACCGCACGUUUGCCGUUGUCGAGGCUUUCAAAUCUUACCCCAACACUCUUGCUUUCUUCUCGGGCAACGAGGUCAUCUCUAAUGUCGACACUGGAGCCACGGUCCCCCCCUACAUUCGUGCUGUGACGCGCGAUCUGAAGAACUACAUUGCUAAGCACAGCAAUCGGUCCAUCCCAGUGGGCUACUCGGCCGCCGAUGUUCGCUCCGUCCUCUUCGACAGCUUCAACUAUUUUCAAUGCGCCAUCGAUGGCAAGUCGGACGACAUGAGCAAGGCCGACCUGUUCGCUCUGAACAGCUACUCCUGGUGCGGUAACAGCAGUUUUACCACGAGUGGUUACGACCAGCUUGUCGCUGGCUUCAAGGGCACUUCGGUUCCCGUCUUCUUUUCCGAGUACGGCUGCAACACUCCCGCUCCCCGUGUCUUCACGGAGGUUGGCACGAUAUACGGCGACCAGAUGAACACUGUUUUCAGCGGUGCCGUCGUCUACGAGUACGUCCAGGAGUCCAACAACUUUGGACUGGUCGAAAUCAACAGCGAUGGCUCCGUCACGGUUCUCGAUGACUACUUCACUCUGAAGAACCAGAUCGCCAAGCUUGAUUUCAACAAAGUUGAGGGUGUCGCUGUCUCUGCUGCUCAGAACGCUACUCCACCUAAGUGUGACGCUAGCCUGAUCACGGAGAAGGGCUUCAACAACAACUUUACGCUGCCCGUACCUCCCCCUGGAGUGCCCGACAUGCUUCAAAAUGGUAUCAAGUCCGCUCCGGUUGGCAAGCUGGUCGACAUCAAGUCGUGGAAGGUUACUCAGUCGGUCAAGACCAAGGCUGGCAAGAGCAUUGACGGCCUCGAAGUGAAGCAGCUCAGCAACAACGCCAUUAACCAGCCUGGGUCUAACAGCGGGGCUGGAUCUGGCUCGAACACCAGCUCGGGUGCCUCGGGCAACGCGUCGUCUUCACCUGACAGCAAGGAUGCCGCGGGCAAUGUUCGGGUUGGCUAUGCGACGGUGCUUGCGUCUGCCGCGGUGGCCGCAGCAUGUGCCGUCUUUGUAUUCUAGACCAAGAAAAGACAAAAUCAACAGUCUGUCGUGUAGCAUUUAUUUACCGAAACAGCAUUCGAGAUGGUCGGGAUCAGUUAUUCGGGAUACAGCGAGGAUAUCUCACUAUAGGGAAUGGCUUGUUAUUUAAUAUGCAGGCACUCACUGCACGGGACAUUGUUUUAGACCUCACAUUGCUUGGGUGUUUUUCAUUGGUUUUUUUAAAUUUCUUUUGUCUUUAUUCAGUGAUGGUGCUUAUGAAAACCGCAUCCAAUACACUUGAACGUACAUAAUAUUCCAACAAAGCAGUUUGAAUGAUUGGUAAAGAUGACGAAACUGGAUAUAUUUGAGUCACUCUGGCGCAAGUAACAAUGUUCGGUUUCAUGAUCGAGUCAUUUCCCCAGCUUUCACCAUACAGGGGCUAGAUACCACUUGUGAUCAGUUGACAUAGUUGUCAAACUAAGUGACGACAUAAUCACUUUUCCGGAUCCAGG